GGUUUUUUUUUUAAACAAAGUUAGUGAGUUGUAUUAUCUUAAAUUUCUUAAAGUCACAAUAUUUCUAAAUGUUUGACUAACACUUGUGCAAUGACGUUAACAAAAUAAUGUGUCUCAUUUCACAGUGUGGAAUAUUUGCUCUAAUAGGAAAGAUCAUUUCAUUGGUAUGUGUCAUAAUGAAUAUCUAUAUCACUAAGAUUGUGAUCAGUUUUACGACCAAGCCACAUGGAUGAUUUUUUUUUUAAAGUUUAGUUUAUAUUAAUGAAAUCGUUGAUUUAGGAUCGGGUAAGAGACUUUCACGGCAGAAUAUCAUUUGUAACAAAAUAUGUAACACGUUGUAAUCAAUUUCCCCCCCCCCCCUAGAUUUAGUGUGUAGGUAUUUUUAAGUAAUACAUUCAGUCUGUACUUAAGUGAUACAUUGAGUCUGUACUUCAGCUAUACAUUAAUUCUGUACUUCAGUGAUAAAUUGAGUGUGUACGUAAGUGGUACAUUUUGUCUGUACUUAGUGAUACAUUUAGUAUGUAGUUAAGUGAUACAUUUAGUGUACAUUUGUGUGGAUGAUCACAAAAUUUGUGUUUUAAACAAAAGCAGUUCUUUGUUAACUUUGCCAGUCAUGAAUGAAAAUUUGUCUAGCAGAAGACAGCACAGUGCUCAAAGCUGUUAAGUGCACCGGAAGUAAAUGAAUUCCUUAUUGCAUGAAAGUGACGUCAGAAAACAAGAAACACGGCAUAGGCGACCAGUUAAUCGUAGGUGAAAUAUUAUGUCAUAACUGUCGGCGGAAUUAUUGGUGGGAUUAUUGGUGGGAUUAUUGGUGGAUUAUUGGUGGGAUUAUUGGUGGGAUUAUUGGUGGGAUUAUAUUAUUGGUAGGAUUAUUGGUGGAAUUAUUUCUUGGAAUUAUUGGUGGUAUUAUUGGUGGAAUUAUUGGUGGAAUUAUAGGUGGAAUUUUUAGUGGAAUUAUUGGUGGAGUUAUUGAUGGAAUUAUAGGUGGAAUUAUUGGUGGAAUUAUUGGUGGAAUUAUUGUUGGAAUUAUUGGUGGAAUUAUUGUUGGAAUUAUUGGUAGAAUUAUUGGUUGAAUUAUUGUUGGGAUUAUUGGUGGGAUUGUUUGUGGAAUUAUUGGUGGAAUUAUUUCUUGGAAUUAUUGUUGGGGUUAUUGGUGGGAUUAUUGGUGGGUUUUAUUGGUGGGAUUAUUGGUGGGAUUAUUGGUCGAAUUAUUGGUGGGAUUAUUGGUGGGAUUAUUGGUGGAAUUAUUGGGGGAAUUAUAGGUGGAAUUUUUAGUGGAAUUAUUGAUGGAAUAAUUGAUGGAAUUAUUGGUGGAGUUAUUGAUGGAAUUAAUGGUGGAAUUAUUGGUGUAAUUAUUGUUGGAAUUAUUGUUUGAAUUAUUGGUUGAAUUAUUUGUGGGAUUAUUGGUGAUAUUAUUGGUGGAAUUAUGGUGGGAUUAUUGGUGGAAUUAUUGGUAGGAUUAUUGGUGGAAUUAUUUCUUGGAAUUAUUGUGGUAUUAUUGGAUGAAUUAUGGGUGGAAUUUUUAGUGGAAUUAUUGAUGGAAUUAUUGGUGAAGUUAUUGAUUGAAUUAUUGGUGGAAUUAUUGAUGGAAUUAUUGGAGGAAUUAUUGGUGGAAUUAUUGGUGGAAUUAUUUGUGGAAUUAUUGUUGGAAUUAUUGGUGUAAUUAUUGGUGGCAUUAUUGGUGGGAUCAUUGGUGGAUUAUUGGUGGGAUUAUUGGUGGGAUUAUUGGUGGAAUUAUUUCUUGGAAUUAUUGGUGGGAUUAUUGGUGGAAUUAUAUGUGGAAUUUUUAGUGGAAUUAUUGGUGGAAUUAUUGAUGGAAUUAUUGGUGGAGCUAUUGAUGGAAUUAUUGGUGGAAUUAUUGGUGGAAUUAUAGUUGGAAUUAUUGGUGGAAUUCUUGGUUGAAUUAUUGGUGGCAUUAUUGGUGGAAUUAUUGGUGGAAUUAUUGGUGGGAUUUUUGGUGGGAUUAUUGAUGGAAUUAUAGGUAAAAUUUUUAGUGGAAUUAUCGAUGGAAUUAUUGAUGGAAUUAUUGGUGAAGUUAUUUAUGGAAUUAUUGGUGGAAUUAUUGAUGGUAUUAUUAUUGGAAUUAUUGGUGGAAUUAUUGGUUGAACUAAUGGUGGAAUUUUUGGUGGAAUUAUAGGUGGAAAUAUCAGUGGAAUUAUUGGUGGAACUAUUGGUGGAAUUAUUGGUGGAAUUAUUGAUGUAAUUAUUGGUGGAAUUAUUGGCGGAAUUAUUGGAGGAAUUAUUGGUGGACUAUUGUUGGGAUUAUUGGUGGAAUUAUUGGUGGAAUUAUUGGUGGAAAUAAAUGUGAAAUAUAGGUCGAACUAUUGGUGGAAUUACUGGUUGAUAUAUUAGGGGGAAUUAUUUGUGGAUUUAUUGGUGGAAUUAUUGGUCGAUUUAUUGGUGGAAUUAUUAGGUGAAAUAAAAGGUGAAAAUAUAGGUGGAAUUAUUUGUUGACUUAUAAAUUGAAAUUAUUGGUGUUAUUUUUGGUGGUGCUAUAGGUGGAAACAUACGUGGAAUUAUAGGUGAACUUUUAGGUGAAAUUAUAAUUUAAAUUAAAGGUUAAAUUAUAGGUGAAAUGAUAGAUGAAAUUAUUGGUGGUACUAUAGGAUGAUUAUUUUUUAAACUAUUGUUGGAACUAUAUGAUGAAUAAGGUGGAACUUUAGGUGAAAUUUUAGGUGGAACUAGAGAUAGAACUCUAGGUGGAACUUUAGGGAGAACCAUACGUGGAAUUGUAUUUGAAGCUAUAGGUGGAACUUUAGUUUGGAGCAUAAUAUGAAAUAAUGGAUAGAAGUAACUCCUUUUUAGAAUAAGUACAGGGAUCUGGAAAGGAUUAACCACGUACAUCGCGUUGAAACUCUACAUUCAUUGAAGUGUAACGAGGGACCACAACACUCUACAUUCAUUGAAGUGUAACGAGGGACCACUGCUUAAUCGUUAGCAAGUUUUAGGUUAUUUUGGUGGGUUUUUUUUCCCUUUUCUGACGUUAGUCAUAUUGCUUUGAUCUCUUUAAUUUUUUUUGAAUGGCUUUGAUUUUAAGGGGAACAACUUCGGCGAGGAUGCGCUCUAUGUUUAAAAAAUAAUGGAUUCCUUCUCCUUAAUUGUGUUGGAAUAUUUCUGGGGUUCCUCAUCGGCCUAACUGUGAAGUCAACAAACCCCAGUGCUGAUACAUUAAUGUGGAUAGGUAAGUGUUGAUACAUUAAUGUGGAUAGGUAAGUGCUGAUAUAUUAAUGUGGAUAUGUAAGUGCUAAUACAUUAAUGUGGAUAGGUAAGUGCUUAUACAUUAAUGUGAAUAGGUAAAUGCUAAUACAUUAAUGUGCAUAGGUAAGUGCUAAUACAUUAAUGUGGAUAGGUAAGUGCUAAUACAUUAAUGUGGAUAGGUAAGUGAUGAUACAUUAAUGUGGAUAGGUAAGUGCUGAUACAUUAAUGUGGAUAGGUAAGUGCUGAUACAUUAAUGUGGAUAGGUAAGUGCUAAUACAUUAAUGUGGAUAGGUAAGUGCUAAUACAUUAAUGUGGAUAGGUAAGUGCUGAUACAUUAAUGUGGAUAGGUAAGUGCUAAUACAUUAAUGUGGAUAGGUAAGUGCUAAUACAUUAAUGUGGAUAGGUAAGUGCUAAUACAUUAAUGUGGAUAGGUAAGUGUUGAUCCAUUAAUGUGGAUAGGUAAGUGCUGAUACAUUAAUGUGGAUAGGUAAGUGCUGAUACAUUAAUGUGGAUAGGUAAGUGCUGAUACAUUAAUGUGGAUAGGUAAGUGCUGAUACAUUAAUGUGGAUAGGUAAGUGCUAAUACAUUAAUGUGGAUAGAUAAGUGCUAAUACAUUAAUGUGGAUAGGUAAGUGUUGAUACAUUAAUGUGGAUAGGUAAGUGCUAAUACAUUAAUGUGGAUAGGUAAGUGCUGAUACAUUAAUGUGGAUAGGUAAGUGCUGAUACAUUAAUGUGGCUAGGUAAGUGAUGGGCCCAAUGUUGAUACAAAAAUGUGGAUAGGUAAGUGUUGAGCCCCAGUGUUGAUACAUUAAGUAGAUAGGUAAGUGUUGAGCCCCAGUGUUGAUACAUUAAUGUAGACAGGUAAGUGUUGAGCCCCAGUGUUGAUACAUUAAUGUAGAUAGGUAAGUGUUGAGCCCCAGUGUUGAUACAUUAAUGUAGAUAGGUAAGUGUGAUGUCUCUGUUGACCAUGACCAAGCGGAGAAAACUUACGAUCUCUCAGUAGUGCAGAUUUUUAAUAACAUUUUAUUAUUUUUUUAUUUCAUAAACAAUAAUUUCUGAACUAUAUAAAUAAAUUUUCUUGGCAUAAUGGUGACCUUGUUUUUUUUUUUCAAUUGUUUGAAGGACUUCCAGGCGAGCUGUACAUGAGAGUAUUGAAAGUGGUCAUCUUACCUCUGAUUGUCUGCACUGUUAUAAGUGGUAGGUCAUCUUAUCUCUGAUUGUCUGCACUUUCAUAAAUGGUAGAUCAUCUUAUCUCUGAUUUUCAGCACGGUCAUAAGUGGCACGUCAUCUUAUCUCUGAUUGUCUGCACUUUCAUAAGUGAUAGGUCAUCUUAUAUCUGAUUCCCUGCACAGUUAUAAAUGGUAGGUCAUCUUAUCUCUGAAUGUCUUCACAGUUAUAAAUUGUAGGUCAUUUUAAGAGUUUUAAUACAACUACUUUAGAUCUUCCUCUCUCUACGUCAGCCCUGAUGAAAGCUCAAUAUUUCAAAUACAGUGGAGCCUCAGAUAGCGAACGAGCCAGUCAACGAAUAUGUUUGGUGAACUAUUUUUGUCAUUGUUAAUGAACAAUAAUUUGGGUUACGAACUUACUCUUACUUCAGUGCACACAAUCCCACUCUGUCAAUACACACAAUCCCAGUAUGUCAGUUCUCACAAUCUAACAAUGUCAGUACACACAAUCCCCCACUGUCAAUACAUACAAUCCCACUGACAAACUAGCUUGUACCUUCACACUACAAUGGUCACUCAGCCCACUCUCAUCUCCACUGACUAACUAGCUUGUACUUUCUCACGACAUGGAUCACUCCACAUGUCCACAAAACUGGGCACCACGAACUAACCCCACCAUCUGAAAUGACAUACCCCCCCCCCCCCCCCCACCCCCCCCGACUUUUAUUAACAAAUCCUCUCACCAACUCACAAUCAACAACUUUCAUAAACAAACAUGUACGUUCCCAAAUCAUUGCAUCACAUUCGCUUGUAAGCAACUGUAUUCCUACUUUGAGACGCUCUAUGAACCAUACGGCCACCCUAAUGUAUCAGAUUUCUCUCUCUCCAGGCACCGCCAGCACGGAUGCUACAUCAAGUGGCAGAAUAGGUGUCGUGGCCAUUAGCUACAUUAUCUUGACCAAUGCGGUGUGUGGUGUGUUUGGUUUGGUCCUUUGUCUGCUUGUUAAGCCAGGUAAGUCAGGAAUAACAGAACGUUGUUAUACGCAAUAACGACACAUUUGGUACACGCCCCUUUAGCCAACUUUUAUACAUUCCCCUUUAGCCAAAUUUGGAACACGCCCCUUUAGCCAAUUUUGGAACACGUCUCUUUAGCCAACUUUGGUACACGCCCCUUUAGCCAACUUUGGUACACGCCCCGACAGAAAAACGCCCACGAAAAACUGGAAGACACGCCCUAAAAACAACUCGGCUACACGCCACACAAUAACCUCGUUAGUACAUGCACCCCACGGACUACUUUUGGGAAUGCCCCGAUAGACAACUCUUGAACACGCCUCCAUAGACAACUCUGGAACACGCCUCCAUAGACAACUCUGAAACACGCCUCCAUAGACAACUUGGUAACAUGCCUCCAUUGACAACUUCGGGGCAUGCCCGCAUAGACAACUUGGCGACAUGCCUCCAUAGACAACUUGGGGACAUGCAUCCAUAGACAACUUGGGGACAUGUCUCCAUACACAACUUGGCGACAUGCCUCCAUAGACAACUUGGGGAAAUUCCUCCAUAGACAACUCUGGAACACGACUCCAUAGACAAUUUGGCGACAUGCCUCCAUAGACAACUUGGGGACAUGCCUCCAUAGACAACUUGGCGACAUGCCUCCAUAGACAACUUGGGGACAUGCCUCCAUAGACAACUUGGCGACAUGCCUCCAUAGACAACUUGAGGACAUGCCUCCAUAGACAACUUGUGGGCAUGCCUCCAUUGACAACUUAGGGGCAUGCCUCCAUAGAUGACAACUGAACAUAAGAAUAUGGUAAAUGAGGAUAUUUCUCAUCAAUGUCAGGGGUCCCCAACUUUUUGUUCAUUCUUAUUUUAUCUAUAAAAUUUACAAUUACUUAAAAAGAAAUGAAAAUCAGGACAUGAUAUAUUCUUUUUUUAAAUAUUGAAACACAAAGGUAAAUUUUAAACUUAGACAACAUUGAAAUACUAAGUGAACCGUUGAACGUAGACAAGAAACAUGUGACUAUUUGGUAAAAUAAAAAAUGUUCAUGAAUAAACUAAAAACAACUUAUAAACAAUAAUCUGAACUCUAUUUACAAACUUAGACCAUGUUCAGCCAUUUAGAGCUGCCAAAUGCUUUGUCCACCAGGUUCAGUCGCUGGCCAGACUGACCAAGUUGCAGUGCUGGACACCAAGAAUCUCCAGACAGUCGACAUUCUUACAGAUUUUAUACGGUAAAAUAAGUGAAUGUACAGUUUGUAGCAUUAAUACAUACUUGGCCAAAAUUAUGUCAAAUUAUAAUCACAUACUUGGCCAAAAUUAAGUCAAAUUAUAAUCACAUACUUGGCCAAAAUUAAGUCAAAUUAUAAUCACAUACUUGGCCAAAAUUAAGUCAAAUUAUAAUCACAUACUUGGCCAAAAUUAUGUCAAAUUAUAAUCACAUACUUGGCCAAAAUUAAGUCAAAUUAUAAUCACAUACUUGGCCAAAAUUAUUUCAAAUUAUAAUCACAUACUUGGCCAAAAUUAAAACAAAUUAUAAUCACAUACUUGGCCAAAAUUAAGUCAAAUUAUAAUCACAUACUUGGCCAAAAUUAUGUCAAAUUAUAAUCACAUACUUGGCCAAAAUUAUGUCAAAUUAUAAUCACAUACUUGGCCAAAAUUAAAACAAAUUAUAAUCACAUACUUGGCCAGCAAUCAACGCAAAUUAUAAUCCAAUCAAACUCUUGUCAGCAAUAUUUUCCCAGACAAUAUUGUUGGAGCAGCCCUGCAGUUAACUCAGACCAAAUACACGGAGCAGUUGUCUACAGAACUGUACAAUGUUUCGGGAACACCUGUCAAUAUAACAGGGAAGAGCCUGUCCAAAUCUCUGGGCACCGUGCCUGGUACCAACAUCUUAGGUCAGGCUAACCUUUAAACAGAUCGUAUAUUAUUUCAUUUUCACAUAUUAAAAAUAGGCCAAUCGUAUGUCUACUAAAGCUAUAAUAGCCAUAGGUCAUAUCGUAGGUAUUCAUAACUUUGAAAUAGGUGCUAUCUUAGGUCCACUAACUUUAAUGUAGGUCAUAUCUUAGGUGGGUCAUCUAACGUUAAAAUGAGUCCUAACGUACUAAGUGAUGCACUUCAAGACAUUUUUAAUUUCUCAUUUUCUGUGCUUUUAAACUCGUAUUUCUUAGGGUUUAAAAAAAAAAAGAAAAAAUAAAGAUUUUUAAAUUAUUUUUAUGUGUGCUAUUAUAGAUAGUUUAAUAUCAUUGGGUUUUAUCAAAUGGUUUAAUAUAAUUGCCAAAACUGCUUUAGUUGAGAAUAAAAUAAUUUUAAAAAAUACAUUGGUUAGACGAGAGUGAAGAGAGGUGAGACAUUUAUUGCAUUAUCAUUAUAGGAAAUACUAUUAUCAGACUUUUAUGUUAUCCAUAUUCAAAUACCGAAGGGUACUGAACUCAUAAUAUCCAUCCCUCUGGGCCCGGCUUUCAUUUCAUUGUCCUGUACCUCAGUCAUUGUUGUAAGAAAUGUUGCAGUUAAGUUGCAUCGAGAGGACGCGAUUGAUUUAUACAUAUCCACCAGGUACAAUCAAUAACGAUCAUUAUGUUAAUAAACAUAUCCACCAGAUAUAAACGAUCAAUAAAAAUUAUUAUGAUAAUAAACAUAUCCACCAGGUACAAAGAAGCAAUAAAGAUCUUUGUGAUAAUGAACAUGUCAAUUUGACCAUCAUUAGGUAAUUAACAGAGGUCAUGAAAAUUUGAUAUGGAUCUGAGUUUUUUUAAGGUGAUUCUUACAUCGACUUUGUUCUUGCUUCCUUCACCUCAGGUCUGAUCGUGGUCAGUGCGGCCAUCGGCAUCGCUGCCUCUAAAGCAGGGGACAAGGUCCGCAGGUUCACAGAGUUCUUCCAGGCAGGAGCUGUCAUCAUAUUUAAUUUAUUCAACUGGCUGAAAUGGUGUGUAUGAUAAGGAGGUAUCUGGGGCCACACUCACACCCACCCAAGUAGUUAUAUUAAUAUUAUGUACACCUAAGGAAACAUAACUCAUGCCGAGUUUUCUUUCAAGGUUUAUUUCCCCACAUCUUGUUUUAUCGACCAUGUCCAUAGCUAUACUGACCUUUUCAUAUUUACACUGACCUAGUCAAACUGACUUCGACCCUGUCAUAUUUACACCAACCUUGUAAUUAAAUUAGUAUCAUUAGGCAUCACUCAAGCAAACAUCAUAUGAGUUGCAGAAGACAUAAUUUAACCGAUCAUCGCAAGAAUCCACCAACCGCGAGCGAGUGUCAGUAACCCAUCCAUCACUACAGUGGUUCGUAACCAUAUUUUCCUCCGGUACCCCUUAUUAGAUCUACAUUUCACCCCCACCCCACCCCGGUACCCCUUAUUAGAUCUACAUUUCACCCCCCCCCCCCCCCCCCACUUUUUAUUUUUGUUAAUAUUUUUUUUUUAUUUCAAACCAGAACAAAACGAAAGAUAGGUUCUCAUAGGUGUACACAAAUAUAGAAUUAUUUAUUUUUGUCGUUUUACGCCAUUAUCGAAAAAUAAUUUUUGCGUACCUCCAGGGCAACAUUACCUAAGAUUGGGAACCGCUACUUUAUUGGAACAAAUCAAUAAUAUAAUUUUUGUUAUAGAUCAUGUGAAUUUUCCCACAUUUCACAAGUCGACCUUUGUAGAGGUGACGGUGUAUCGUGUCAGCGUUUGCUAAAUCAUAACUUUUAUAUUUCAAUGAAGGUCGACACCGGUGGGCGUGGUCAGUCUGAUAGCUCGUGCCGUGUCCGGCAUGGACGAUGUGAGCACCGCCUUCACCUCUAUGGCGAUGUUCGUGUUGGUCGCAGCCGGCGGUAACCUGAUGUGUCAACUCCUCGUCCACGGGCCGCUGUACUUCAUCUUCACCAGGAAGAGCCCCAUCAGAUUCCUUAUGAUUGUGGCCAAGCCUUGGAUGAUGGCGUUUGGGGCAGCGAGCUCGUGAGUCACGGCUCGAGAGAGGGGGGGGGGCAGGGGGGGCAGGGGGAUCGGUAUUUAUUUAUUUAUUUAGGCAUUUUUGUAUAGCGUUUACCUUACAGCUCUAAGCGCUUUACAAUUAUUAAAAAUAUGUAAACUAUAAACUGCUAAAGUAAAAUAAAAAGGAAAUAAACAGAGACACUAGAAUAGUAACUACAAUGUGAAGAAUAAAUUAAUAAAGUAGCUUAAACAUUAAAAUAGCUAUAAAAAUAAGUCCACUUUGGCAGGUUUUGGCCUAUACUAUAGGAUCAACCCGAGACAGACAAUGAGGCAGGGCAAGGAGGGUGUAUCACAGGUCAUAGGCGGACCUAAACAGAUGGGUUUUAAGGGACUUUUUGAAAGUGGACGAGGUUUUACAAUGACGGAUGUGGAAGGGGAGCUGGUUCCAGAAUGUGGGCGCAUGGAAGUAGAGGGAGCGUUCACCGAUGGUCUUAGUUUUGGUUCUUGGGAUUGAGAGGGUGCUAUUAUCAAUGGAAGAGCGUAGUUGUCUUGUGGGGAUGUAAGGAAGCAACAGUUCAGAGAGAUAGACAGGAAAGUGAGGGUCAGUGAACGAGUUGAAGCAUAGAUUGGCAGACUUGUACUUGAUGCGAGAGGAUAUUGGAAGCCAGUGGAGUUGCCGCAUAUGUGGUUAAAUGUGAUCAUGUUUCUUUGAUUUAAAAAUGAGUCUGCAUGCUGAGUUCUGUGCCUUCUGGAGUUUUUCUAUGUGGUGUUGAGGAAUGCCUGAGAGAAGAAUGUUACAGUAGUCAAAUUUUGAAAGAAUGAGUGAAGAGACGAGAGUUUUUGUGGCAUCAAAGGAGAGGAGGUGUCUAAUGGUGCUGAUUUUUCAUUGUGGGGAUGUAAGGAAGCAACAGUUCAGAGAGAUAGACAGGAAAGUGAGGGUCAGUGAACGAGUUGAAGCAUAGAUUGGCAGACUUGUACUUGAUGCGAGAGGAUAUUGGAAGCCAGUGGAGUUGCCGCAUAUGUGGUUAAAUGUGAUCAUGUUUCUUUGAUUUAAAAAUGAGUCUGCAUGCUGAGUUCUGUGCCUUCUGGAGUUUUUCUAUGUGGUGUUGAGGAAUGCCUGAGAGAAGAAUGUUACAGUAGUCAAAUUUUGAAAGAAUGAGUGAAGAGACGAGAGUUUUUGUGGCAUCAAAGGAGAGGAGGUGUCUAAUGGUGCUGAUUUUUCUAAUUUCUUUGUAUGCCGAUCAGCAUAUGUUCGUGACAUGUUUUUCCAUGGAUAGGGUGUCUGUAAGCGUGACUCCAAGGUUUCUGGCAGAGGAAGAGAGUGAAAGGAAAGCGAGUGGUUGAAAGAUUUGGAGUGACGAGGAUAGGGUGGGUGUAGUGUACAUUAUUCAGUUGACCUAUUUUCCAUGUUUCUUUACUCUUUAUACACGCCUCAACAUCUGACCUUUGACUUUCCUCUCCCCUGUCCUGUUUCUCUUCUGAUAAUCUGGUGAGGCAAGUAACCUUAACUUAAGUGCUCUCUACUCAACUAAUCUUGGUGCUAUUCACUAAUUUUGGUGCUCUUCACUAAUCUUGGUGCUCUUGAGUUCCCUAAUAUAGGAGUUGUUUCCCCCCACUAGUAUCGAUGAUCUCUGUUCCAAUAAUAUACAUGCCCCCUUUAUGGUCGUUUUAACUUCAUCGGGGGCCACUUUGGAAACCUGUCUUAAAGUGUAAUUUGUAAACCUGUCUCCCAGUACAAUUUGGAAAUCUGUUUCCCACUACAAUUUGGAAACCUGUAUCCCACUACAAUUUGGAAACUUGUCUCCCACUACAAUUUGGAAAUCUAUCUCUCACUACAAUUUGGAAACCUGUCUCCAACUGCAAUUUGGAGCAAAUUAGAUUCCCUUUAGAUCUUACAAUGUUCAUGACCGCUAGAGCCAACUUAAUGCCACUGAAGCUUGAAGCCCUGGUCAUUUGCUCAGUGCUCCCAUGCCUUUCAUCGACACAUGCCCAUUUCUCCACUAACAUAGGUACUUUCUUCUCCAUUAAUCUAGGUGCUCUCUGCUAACCUAAUGUAGGUGCUCACUGCUCCAUUAAUCUAGUGCCAUCUGCUCCAUUAAUGUAAGUGCUCUCUGCUCCACUAAUGUAGGUUCUCUCUGCUCUAUUAAUGUAGGUGCUCUCUGCUUCACUAAUUUGGGUGCUCUCUGCUCCACCAAUUUAGGUGCUCUCUUUUCCACUAAUGUAGCUGCUCUCUGCUCCCCUAAUGUAUGUGCUCUCUGCUCCUUUAAUAUAAGUACUCUCUGCUCCACUAAAAUAGCUGCUCUUUGAUCCACAAAUGUUGGCAUUCUCUGCUUCACUAAAGUAGGUGCUCUCUGCUCCACUAAUAUAGGGGUCCUCUGUCCACUAAUGUAGUUGCUCUUAGCUCCAUUAAUAUAGGUGCUAUCUGCACUAGUCUCUGAUUUACAAAUAAAUGACUAUUAAAAUAUUACGCCUUGUUGCUAAAUGUUGUAUGCCUAUUACAGAAAUGUUACGAAUAAAUAAUCCAGCAUUUCACCUCUAUGUAGACAUUAAAAGGCCUGUGAAAUCAUCAAAAUAAAAAUAUCUAUAAGACAAUCUACUAAGUUUGGCAUACCCAAAAAACUUACUAGAUUAAUAUAUGUCACUAAAACUUAAAUUAGACCAGAUGGUACGCAAGUGAAACUUGGACCCUAACAAAAAAAGACAGAAAACCUUUUAGCCUAAAUACAUAGGAAAAUAUACGAACCAAUAAAGGAUGAAUAUGGAUGGAGAACAACAUCUGGAAAUUCAAUCCUCAAAAAGAAAAAAAACAUCAGUUUGUGUCAAGUGGAAGGAUGUGGUGAGGAAGGGCCAAACCUCUGCUUGGGCUGUAGUGCCACAGGGGUGAAUGUGAGCAUUGUCAGAUUUAUGGACAAUAAAAGGAAAUUAUAUUAGAACAGUUGAUCAAUACAGUAUGUUACAAUCUAAAUGUAUGACAUAUUUGAUAACUAUAAUACACUGGUAUCCUUCUUAUCCCAUCCCAAAUCAUCUUAUCUCAUCCUGACCCCUCAGAGCUAUCCCCCUACCAGAGCUGAUGACCAUCAGUGCAGAGGAGUACCAGAUUGACCCACGUGUCUCGGGGUUUGUACUCCCCUUCUCAAUUACGCUCAACAGAGAUGGCAGUUGUUUAUUUGUCUCAGCUACCUGUCUCUUCUUGGCUCAGUACUCUGGGAUACCCCUCAGCACUGGCAUUGUACUGACUAUUGGGUAAGUCAGUCUACUAUCUACAGGUAUCGUACUUACAGUCGGGUAUUUCAGUCUACUGGUAUCGAACUCAUAGUUGGGAAAAGCAGUCUACAUGUCGGGACUGAGCAGCUGGGUUAGGAUUAUAUUUUUAAGCCCUUGGUGUGUUCAAGCCUUCCACAUUGAUGCCUUCAUUAGUGUGUUCAAGCCUUCCACAUUGAUGCCUACAUAGGUGUGUUCAAGCCUUCCACAUUGAUGCCUACAUAGGUGUGUUCAAGCCUUCCACAUUGAUGCCUACAUAGGUGUGUUCAAGCCUUCCACAUUGAUGCCUACAUUGGUGUGUUCAAGCCUUCCACAUUGAUGCCUACAUAGGUGUGUUCAAUCCUUCCACAUUGAUGCCUUCAUUAGUGUGUUCAAUCCUUCCACAUUGAUGCCUUCAUUAGUGUGUUCAAGCCUUCCACAUUGAUGCCUACAUAGGUGUGUUCAAGCCUUCCACAUUGAUGCCUACAUAGGUGUGUUCAAUCCUUCCACAUUGAUGCCUUCAUUAGUGUGUUCAAGCCUUCCACAUUGAUGCCUACAUUGGUGUGUUCAAGCCUUCCACAUUGAUGCCUACAUAGGUGUGUUCAAGCCUUCCACAUUGAUGCCUACAUAGGUGUGUUCAAUCCUUCCACAUUGAUGCCUUCAUUAGUGUAUUCAAGCCUUCCACAUUGAUGCCUACAUAGGUGUGUUCAAGCCUUCCACAUUGAUGCCUACAUAGGUGUGUUCAAUCCUUCCACAUUGAUGCCUUCAUUAGUGUGUUCAAGCCUUCCACAUUGAUGCUUCAAGCCUUCCACAUUGAUGCCUACAUAGGUGUGUUCAAGCCUUCCACAUUGAUGCCUACAUAGGUGUGUUCAAUCCUUCCACAUUGAUGCCUUCAUUAGUGUGUUCAAGCCUUCCACAUUGAUGCCUUCAUUUAUGUGUUCAAACCUUCAACAGUUGAUUUCUUUGUGAUCAGAUCGCUACUGGUUCUAUACAUUGCCUUUCACCUCUGCCCAUUGGUUAAACCCAUAACAUAUGAGAAGAUAACUAUUUUUUGUUACACCUGGACCCGGAUUCGGACCCACCGGGUAUUUCCCCAGACUCGGACCCACCGGGUAUUGAGCCGGACUCAGACCCACCGGGUAUUUCCCCGGACUCGGACCCACCGGGUAUUUCCCCAGACUCGGACGACACCGGGUAUUGAGCCGGACUCGGACGACACCGGGUAUUUCCCCGGACUCGGACGACACCGGGUAUUGAGCCGGACUCGGACCACCACAAAGUGACAAUGCGACACAAAAGUGACAAAUUAACAUAAAAGUGAAAAAUAUAUUAAAAAUUAACAAUGUGACACAAAAGUGACAAUGUCAAACAAAAGUGACAAUGCGACAGAAAAGUGACAAAAUAACACAAAAGUGCCAUAACAUAAAAGUGACCAUCUGACACAAAAGUGAUAAUGCAACAUAAAAGUGACAAAGCAACACAAAAGUGACAAUGCGACACAAAAUUGACAAGAUAACACAAAAGUGACAAUAUGGCACAAAGUUUCAAAUAUAUAUUACGCUCAUAACUCAAAGUUUUAUUGUUAAAAGUAAUCUUAGUGCUCCAGGGCUUGUAGGCUUAGUGAAGAAAUAGUCUAUUAAAUAUAAAUGUAUCGAUGUGUCACUUGACAUUGCCACAUACGUCAUACCUUCUCCCCCCCCCCCUACCCUCCAGGUUGUUGUCUAUACUCUCGUCUCUGGCCAUUCCCAAUGUGCCCAGCUCUAGUGUGGUCUCAGUGCUCAUUAUUCUUGGCAGUGUGGGGAUCCCUGCAACAAGCAUCGGCCUUGUUAUGGCUGUGGAAUGGAUCAAGUGAGUGACCAGAUUUAUUAAUAGGAUUUGUUGUUUUGUUAAACUACUACUGAGUAGCGUCACUAGGGGUGUGGAGGUGCGGGGCUGAGUAGAGUCACUAGGGGUGUGGAGGUGCGGGGCUGAGUAGCGUCACUAGGGGUCUGGAGGUGCGGGGCUGAGUAGAGUCACUAGGGGUGUGGAGGAGCGGGGCUGAGUAGAGUCACUAGGGGUGUGGAGGUGUGGGGCUGAGUAGAGUCACUAGGGGUGUGGAGGUGUGGGGCUGAGUAGAGUCACUAGGGGUGUGGAGGUGCGGGGCUGAGUAGCGCACCGGGGACACCACACAGAGGGAGGAGGAUGUUGGCAAAUAGAGAAAUGCAAAUUUAAUGGAGUCCGCUUGACACGCGAUACACACAUUGACAAGCGAUGUACUCAUUGACACGCGAUGUACACUUUGACACGCGAUGUACAUAUUUACACGCGAUAUACACAUUGCCACGCGAUGUACACAUUGACACGCGAUGUACACAUUUACACCUGUCAAGCACAGAAAUACUGGAGUCUAAUUCGAUAAGGACCAUUUCAAUGAGGGCCAAGAUCUGUAUUUCUAAAGCCUACUCCAUAGAUUGUUUGCAUUCCAAACGACAAUUCUUUUGUAAAGAUAUAUUACAUUUUUUAUUGAGUCUUUCUGACGUCCUCUGACAUGUUUUAUAGUUAUCAACCCUGACAGCAACACUGUCUUGUUUCCAAUUUAUCCCCAGUGAUCGAAUGCGGACUACAACAAAUCUAGUCAGUCAUCUAUUGGCUGUUAUCGUCACGUGGAGAUUAUGCAGGAAUAGUUUCAAAUCAACCAAUGAGAAGUCUCUUCAUCUGAACGACGUGGCCGAGAUGGAAAUUUUUGUAAAAUAACUGCAAACAAUAACUUGAUUGACUGGUGUCUCGUCUGAUUAAUAAAUGAAGCAGCGCCAUUGUCAAUUUGUUGUUGUUUCUUCAUAACAUCUCAAAACAUCUCUGUAACACCACAUCACUCGUACCUCCAGGGAUACGUCACCCCCCAUCACUAGUACCUCCAGGAAUACGUCACCCUCCAUCACUCGUACCUCCGAGGAUAUGUAAUAGACACACCCCCCUCCUGAAUAGCCCAGUUCAUAGAGACUAAAGAUACGUUAAACCUAAAUACUGAAUUGUUUUAUCAAGCCCAUCUAUGUAUUGAAAUGUGCAACAAGGUUAUCCAGCGUACAUGAUUUUAGGGACACUGUCACUAGAUCCUUUCGUCCUUGACAUGCGAAGAUGACUUAGACUAUCUUUGACUGUAACGUUUUUAAAGAAAGGAGAUGGGCUCAAUUCGUCAGCGUCACUCUCUCGUCCUUGUCUAUUUCCACCAAUGGCAAGAGUUAGUCAAGACAACUGGAAAUAGACCAGGAUGCAUGAUGACACAUGCACUUAAAAAUGCUUCCCCGGGUCAAGUAGACUGCUCAAGAUGCGUAGCUCGGUCUAGUAGACUGCCGUGUAUCUCAGGUCCAGGAAACUACUCAAUAGCCCAAGACCAGUAGAUUGAUUUGUACCCCAAGUCCAGGGUACUGAUGUCUAGCCCAGGUCCAGUAGACUGUGUAGCCCAGAAUUGCUCAAAAUAACCUAGUCUCUAGUCUUAUAUACUACUGACCACAGCUAAAGAUUGUCCACUGGAGCCGUCGACAGAGCCAAAGACAAGGUAGGGUAGAACAUUUGCCACAAAGUAGAACAUUGGCAACAGAGUAGAAAAUUGGACACAGCUUAAGAUUGUAAUGAAGGAAACUGAUAUCAGAAAUACUCGAGUUAUUUUAUCAAAAUAAUUUCUUUCAUAACCUUUAGGCCCUGUACUCUGGUAUUUGUGCGUCUUUUUAACUUAUCUCAAGCAAUUUAACG